AGUGUGAGGAGCGUAUGUGGGAGGAGGCAGAGGGAGAGCUGGAGGAAGAAGGGGAACAAGAAAGCAGAAGAGCAGAGGAGCAGGCGCAAUGUUUGGUGUGUAGGCACACAUCUGAGUGUGUGUGUGUGUGUGUGUGUGUGUGUGCGCUGCUCAAGGUCUCCACGCCAGCCUCUUCCUCGUCCGCCGCACAACUCGGGCCCGAGGGACCAUGCAGCGCUGGCUCGGCGCCGUCCUGCUGGGCCUGAUGGGGCUGACGGGGCUCCCGGCGUCGGGCUCCGACUUCCAGCACCACCGCUACGAGGACAUGGUGCGGGCGCUGUUCGCCGUGCAGCGCCAGUGCCCCUACGUCACGCGCAUCUACAGCGUGGGGCGCAGCGUGGAGGGGCGCCACCUCUACGUGCUGGAGUUCAGCGACCACCCGGGGGUCCACGAGGCACUGGAGCCCGAGUUCAAGUACGUGGGCAACAUGCACGGCAACGAAGUGCUCGGCCGGGAGCUGCUCAUCAAGUUCUCCGAGUUCCUGUGCGAGGAGUACCGGGCGGGGAACCAGCGCAUCACCAGGCUGAUCCACGACACGCGCAUCCACAUCCUGCCCUCCAUGAACCCGGACGGCUACGAGGUGGCGGCCAGACAGGGCCCGGAGCUCAACGGCUACCUGGUGGGUCGGGGCAACGCCAGAGAUGUGGACCUGAACCGGAACUUCCCCGACCUGAACGCCCUCAUGUAUUACUACGAGAAAAACAAAGGGCGAAACCACCACCUGCCUCUGCCGGACAACUGGGAGCAACAGGUUGAACCAGAGACGCUAGCCGUCAUUAAGUGGAUGCAGAGCUACAACUUCGUCCUGUCCGCCAACCUCCACGGAGGCGCCGUGGUCGCCAACUACCCCUUCGACAAGUCGAGGGACGCCAGGGUGCGCGGGAGGAGCACGCACUCGGCCACGCCGGACGACCGGCUCUUCAGACAGCUGGCGAGGACCUACUCGUACGCCCACAGCUGGAUGCACAAGGCCUGGAACUGCGGGGACUUCUUCGAAGAGGGGAUCACCAACGGGGCCGGCUGGUACUCCCUGUCCAAAGGCAUGCAGGACUUCAACUACCUGUACACCAACUGCUUCGAGAUCACCCUGGAGCUGAGCUGCGACAAGUUCCCGCCGGCGUCGGCGCUGCCCAGAGAGUGGCUCGGCAACCGCGAGGCCUUGGUGUUAUACCUAGAGCAGGUGCAUCAUGGAAUAAAAGGCAUGGUCUACGACGAGAACAACAACCCUGUGGGCAAAGCUGAGAUCUCGGUAGCUGGCAUCAACCAUGAUGUGACCGGUGGGGUGGAGGGGGACUACUUCAGACUCCUGUUACCGGGCACCUACACUGUGACGGCCUCUGCACCAGGUUACCUCCCGUCCACCAGCACCGUCACGGUGGGACCAGCUGAAGCCACACGGCUUGAUUUUUACUUGAAAACGGCGCCAAAACAACACCUGAAAGUAAAGCACCACAGCGGGAAGAGGAACCCCUCAUCUCUCAAGGCUCCCUUAAAGCUCGGCCCUAGAUGAGGCACGGACAACAACUUAGCCAACACACACACACACACACACACACACACACACACACACACACACACACACACACACACACACACACACUGACUUCAACUUGAAACAGUCAUAGAUGCAUACAAAAACAGACAAAUAGAGGGAAAUGAUGAAAUGACUAUGAUAUACAGUAUAUAUGUAAUUUUUGCCUUUAUAGUUUCAAACAAGUUUUGUGUUUUUGUUAAACUGAGUGUUUUUGUGUAUUUAUGUAACAGUGUUGAUUUGUGGGAACACAAUGUUCCACAAGGACUUUUCUUUAUUCCCAUUAUUAAAUUGGAUUAAAAUUAAAGGUUCAAAUACAA